GCGCGCGCGGGGCCCGGCUGGUUCCCCUUCCGACCGUCCGCGCCCCGCAUGCGCAGUCCGCGCCGGCGGUCUCCGUUUGUUUGAACAGGAAGGCGGACAUAUUAGUCUCUCUCGGCCCCCCUCGCCCCACCCCCCCCAGGCAUUCGCCGCCGCGACUCGCCCUUUCCCGAGCCGCGACCGCUGCCCCUCCCAGAAUCUCCCCCAUCAGCAGCCGCCAGGACCCGACUGUCGUCUUCCUCACCGCCCGCUCUCCAGCCUCUCCUCUCCUAAGUCUACGUCGGGCACCGACCUCGCCCUGCCCCGCCGGACACCGUAGCAGCAACCCCAGCAGCGACGGGACAAAAUGAGAGAGUGAGGCUGCCCCGCGGGGACCAGCUCUUGGCCGAGACGGAUCGGUGCGUCGGGCCGGGCCAAGAAGAGCCGGGGAUGCGGGGCUAGACCGCCUACAGCGCCUCUGAGCGGAGCGGGCCCGGCCCGUGGCCCGAGCGGCGGCUGCAGCUGGCACAGCUCCUCACCCGCCCUUCGCUUUCGCCUUUCCUCUUCUCCCUCCCCUGCUGCCCCGAGGGAGUCUCCACCCUGCUUCUCUUUCUCUCUCCCCUCCUGCCCAUCUCGGGACGGGGACCACUCCUUGGCGACGGCGGCGGGGGCCCGCUAGGCUGAAGCACCUCGCCGGAGCUACGAGGCUAGCGGCGACGGCGCUGUCGGCUGUCGUGAGGGGCUGCCGGGUGGGAUGCGACUUUGGGCGUCCGAGCGGCUGUGGGUCGCUGUUGCCCCCGGCCCGGGGUCUGGAGAGCGGAGGUCCCCUCAGUGAGGGGGCGGAGGGGGAACCGGGCGCACCUGGUGACCCUGAGGUUCCGGCUCCUCAGCCCCGCGGCUGCGAACCCACCGCGGAGGAAGUUGGUUGAAAUUGCUUUCCGGGCUGGUGCUGGUACAAGGGUAUUGUCACAGUAGCAGCAACAUGUCGACUGGGGACAGUUUUGAGACUCGAUUUGAAAAAAUCGACAACCUGCUGCGGGAUCCCAAGUCGGAAGUGAAUUCGGAUUGUUUGCUGGAUGGAUUGGAUGCUUUGGUAUAUGAUUUGGAUUUUCCUGCCUUAAGAAAAAACAAAAAUAUUGACAACUUUUUAAGCAGAUAUACAGAUAAAGACACAAUAAAUAAAAUUAGAGAUUUACGAAUGAAAGCUGAAGAUUAUGAAGUAGUGAAGGUGAUUGGUAGAGGUGCAUUCGGAGAAGUUCAAUUGGUAAGACAUAAAUCCACCAGGAAGGUAUAUGCUAUGAAGCUUCUCAGCAAAUUUGAAAUGAUUAAGAGAUCUGAUUCUGCUUUUUUCUGGGAAGAAAGAGACAUCAUGGCUUUUGCUAACAGUCCUUGGGUCGUUCAGCUUUUCUAUGCAUUCCAAGAUGAUCGUUAUCUCUAUAUGGUGAUGGAAUACAUGCCUGGUGGAGAUCUUGUAAACUUAAUGAGCAACUAUGAUGUACCUGAAAAAUGGGCACGAUUCUAUACUGCAGAAGUAGUUCUUGCAUUGGAUGCAAUUCAUUCCAUGGGUUUUAUUCAUAGAGAUGUGAAGCCUGAUAACAUGCUGCUGGAUAAAUCUGGACAUUUGAAGUUAGCAGAUUUUGGUACUUGUAUGAAGAUGAAUAAGGAAGGUAUGGUACGAUGUGAUACAGCAGUUGGAACACCUGAUUAUAUUUCCCCAGAAGUAUUAAAAUCCCAAGGUGGUGAUGGUUAUUAUGGAAGAGAAUGUGACUGGUGGUCAGUUGGAGUAUUUUUAUAUGAAAUGCUUGUAGGUGAUACACCUUUUUAUGCAGAUUCUCUGGUUGGGACUUAUAGUAAGAUUAUGAACCAUAAAAAUUCACUUACCUUCCCUGAUGAUAAUGACAUAUCAAAAGAAGCAAAAAAUCUUAUUUGUGCCUUCCUUACUGACAGAGAAGUGAGAUUAGGGCGAAAUGGAGUAGAAGAAAUCAAACGACAUCUCUUCUUCAAAAAUGACCAAUGGGCUUGGGAAACACUUCGAGACACUGUAGCACCAGUUGUACCUGAUUUAAGUAGUGACAUUGAUACUAGUAAUUUUGAUGACUUGGAAGAAGAUAAAGGAGACGAAGAAACAUUCCCUAUUCCUAAAGCUUUUGUUGGCAAUCAGCUACCCUUUGUAGGAUUUACAUAUUAUAGCAAUCGUAGAUACUUACCUUCAGCAAAUCCUAAUGAUAACAGAACUAGUUCCAAUGUGGAUAAAAGUUUGCGGAGCUGUUUGGCAAUUUAUAUAGCUAAAAAGGGCUCAGGAAUCUUUAAAAGAAAUAAACAUAUUUCUAAUCUAUAUUACUUUUGUUUUUACAGAACUUCAAACAUAAAACUAGACAAGAUAAUGAAAGAAUUGGAUGAAGAGGGAAAUCAAAGAAGAAAUCUAGAAUCUACAGUGUCUCAAAUAGAGAAGGAGAAAAUGUUACUACAGCAUAGAAUUAAUGAGUACCAAAGAAAAGCUGAACAGGAAAAUGAGAAGAGGCGAAAUGUAGAAAAUGAAGUUUCUACAUUAAAGGAUCAAUUGGAAGAUUUAAAGAAAGUAAGUCAGAAUUCACAGCUUGCUAAUGAGAAGCUGGCACAAUUACAAAAGCAGCUAGAAGAAGCCAAUGACUUACUUAGGACAGAAUCGGACACAGCAGUAAGAUUAAGGAAGAGUCACACAGAGAUGAGCAAGUCAAUUAGUCAGCUAGAGUCCCUGAACAGAGAAUUGCAGGAGAGAAAUAGAAUUUUAGAGAAUUCCAAGUCACAAACGGACAAGGAUUAUUACCAGCUGCAAGCUAUAUUAGAAGCUGAACGAAGAGACAGGGGUCAUGAUUCUGAGAUGAUUGGAGACCUUCAAGCUCGAAUUACAUCUUUGCAAGAGGAGGUGAAACAUCUCAAACAUAAUCUUGAAAGAGUGGAAGGAGAAAGAAAAGAUGCUCAAGACAUGCUUAAUCAUUCAGAAAAGGAAAAGAAUAAUUUAGAGAUAGAUUUAAACUACAAACUUAAAUCAUUACAACAACGAUUAGAACAAGAGGUAAAUGAACACAAAGUAACCAAAGCUCGUUUAACUGACAAACAUCAAUCUAUUGAAGAGGCAAAGUCUGUUGCAAUGUGUGAGAUGGAAAAAAAGCUGAAGGAAGAGAGAGAAGCUCGAGAGAAGGCUGAAAAUAGAGUUGUUCAGAUUGAGAAACAAUGUUCCAUGCUAGAUGUUGAUCUGAAACAAUCUCAGCAGAAGCUAGAGCAUUUGACUGAAAAUAAAGAAAGGAUGGAGGAUGAAGUUAAGAAUCUAACCCUGCAAUUGGAGCAGGAAUCAAAUAAGCGACUGUUGUUACAAAGUGAACUGAAGACUCAAGCGUUUGAGGCAGACAAUUUAAAGGGUUUAGAAAAGCAGAUGAAACAGGAAAUAAAUACUUUAUUGGAAGCAAAGAGGUUAUUAGAAUUUGAGUUAGCUCAGCUUACAAAGCAAUAUAGAGGAAAUGAAGGACAGAUGCGAGAACUACAAGAUCAGCUUGAAGCUGAGCAAUAUUUCUCGACACUUUAUAAAACCCAGGUAAAAGAACUUAAAGAAGAAAUUGAAGAAAAAAACAGAGAAAAUUUAAAGAAAAUACAGGAACUGCAAAAUGAAAAAGAAACUCUUGCAACUCAGUUGGAUCUCGCAGAAACAAAAGCCGAGUCUGAGCAGUUGGCUCGAGGGCUUCUGGAAGAACAGUAUUUUGAAUUGACCCAAGAAAGCAAGAAAGCUGCUUCAAGAAAUAGACAAGAGAUUACAGAUAAAGAUCACGCUGUUAGUCGGCUUGAAGAAACGAAUAGCAUGCUAAGCAAAGAUGUUGAAUUAUUAACAAAAGAAAAUGAAGAGCUAACUGAGAAAAUGAGGAAGGCAGAGGAAGAAUAUAAAUUGAAGAAGGAAGAGGAGAUCAGUAUUCUUAAGGCUGCCUUUGAAAAGAAUAUCAGUACUGAACGAACCCUUAAAACACAGGCUGUUAACAAGCUGGCAGAAAUAAUGAACCGAAAAGAUUUUAAAAUUGAUAGAAAGAAAGCUAAUACACAAGAUUUGAGAAAGAAAGAAAAGGAAAAUCGAAAGCUACAACUGGAACUCAACCAAGAAAGAGAAAAAUUCAACCAGAUGGUAGUGAAACAUCAGAAGGAACUGAAUGACAUGCAAGCGCAAUUGGUAGAAGAAUGUACACAUAGGAAUGAGCUUCAAAUGCAGUUGGCUAGCAAAGAGAGCGAUAUUGAGCAAUUGCGUGCUAAACUUUUGGACCUUUCGGAUUCUACAAGUGUUGCUAGUUUUCCUAGUGCUGAUGAAACUGAUGGAAACCUUCCAGAGUCAAGAAUUGAAGGUUGGCUUUCUGUACCAAACAGAGGAAAUAUCAAACGAUAUGGCUGGAAAAAGCAGUAUGUUGUGGUAAGCAGCAAAAAAAUUUUGUUCUAUAAUGAUGAACAAGAUAAGGAGCAAUCUAAUCCAUCUAUGGUGUUGGACAUAGAGAUACUAUAUGCAAAUGAAGGUGAAUGUAGAAAAGAUGUAGAGAUGGAACCAGUACAACAAGCUGAGAAAACUAAUUUCCAAAAUCACAAAGGCCAUGAGUUCAUUCCUACCCUUUACCACUUUCCCGCCAAUUGUGAGGCCUGUGCCAAACCUCUCUGGCAUGUUUUUAAGCCACCACCAGCCCUAGAGUGUCGAAGAUGCCAUGUUAAGUGCCACAGAGAUCACUUAGAUAAGAAAGAAGACUUAAUUUCUCCAUGUAAAGUAAGUUAUGAUGUAACAUCGGCAAGAGAUAUGCUGCUAUUAGCAUGUUCUCAGGAUGAACAGAAAAAAUGGGUAACUCACUUAGUAAAGAAAAUCCCUAAGAAUCCACCAUCUGGUUUUGUUCGUGCCUCCCCUCGAACUCUUUCUACAAGAUCCACUGCAAAUCAGUCUUUCCGGAAAGUGGUGAAAAAUACAUCUGGAAAAACUAGUUAACCAUGCGACCUAGUGUCUUGUGGAAUCGUGUGGGAUGCUACCUGAAAAACCAGGCUUCUUUAACCAUGCAGAUCAGACAGGCUAUUUCUUUGACACAAAUAUCACAGGCUUCAGGGUUAAGAUUGCUGUUAUUCUGUCCUUGCUUUGGCACAACACACUGAGAGUUUUUUUUUUUAAUUGCGGGUUUGCCUACAGGUAGAUUAGAUUAAUUAUUACUAUGUAAUGCAAGUACAAUUGGGGGGAAGCUUAGGUAGAUAUAUUUUUUUAAAAAGGUGUUGCCUUUUUGAAUUUCUAAGAAAAUGCCUGUCAAUCGUGAUAGAACAGAGUUUUCCUCAUACGAGUGAGAGGAAGGGACUUUCACUUUCAAGUGGAAUGGCCAUCACUAUCAAGAUCAGCUCAUGGAAGGAGUAAUGAAAAUAUCUCAAAAUGAGACAAAUUGAAGUUUUUUUUUUAAUGACUUAAGUUUCUGUGCUCUUGCAAGACUAUACAAAAUUAUUUUAGGAAAGCAGUGACAUCACUUGAACUUCAGUGCCCUCACUGUAGAAUUUAAAAGCCUUACUGUUGAUUGCCCAUGGUGGACUUGAUGGAGAAAUUAAGUAUCUUACAUUAUGCUUUACAAAAUACUGUGUAUGUUUCAGCAAGUUGGGGGAGUGGGAGAAGACAAAAAAAAUUACAUUUAAUCUAUGCAUUUUUGCCAAGCCAUAUUGAGUUAUUUUACUACUAGAGACAUUAGGAACUAACUGUACAAAAGAACCAAGUUUAAAAGCAUUUUGUGGGGUACAUCAUUUCUGUAAUUGUAUAAUGUAUUUCUUUGUGGUUUUUAAGUGAUAAAGACAUUAAGUUAACAAACAUAUAAGAAAUGUAUGCACUGUUUGAAAUGUAAAUUAUUCUUAGAACACUUUCAAUGGGAAUUGCAUUGCCCUUUUAGUGCCUUAAUUUGAGAGAAUUAUUUUACUGCCAUGAGUAAGUAUAGAAAUUUCUAAAAACAUAUUUUCAAAAAAUUAUGUGUGUCCGUGGGUUUUCAUUGAUAAUUGGUUUAAUUUAAAAUAUUUAGAAGUUUGUUGGACUUUCAUAAAUUGAGUACAAUCUUUGCAUCAAACUACCUGCUAUAAUGACUUUAUAAAACUAUCAGCAAAAAAAUGUAGAAGGUUGCACCAAUAUAAAAAGAAAAUUAUGGCAAUACAUUUGUGAUGUUUUCCAGUUAACAUAGGAAUUAUCAGAUAAAUACUGUUAAACUCUUGUCCAGUAACAAGAGUUGAUUCAUAUGGCAGUAUGAUUUAUUGUUUUUUUUUUAACCAAAUACCUCCUCAGUAAUUUAUAAUGGCUUUGCAGUAAUGUGUAUCAAAUAAGAAGCACUGGAAAACUGAUCGUCUCUAGGAUGACAUGCAUGUUUCAAGUGGUAUUGAAAGCCGCACUGAUGGAUAUGUAAUAAUAAACAUAUCUAUUAUU